AUGUUGAAAACACAACUACCUAAAGGAAAGAAUUUUAGCAUUGGUUUAAGCGAUGAAAUAGGGACGUUGACACAGCUGAAUAUUUGGGAUUAUGAAAUAGCAGCGAGUAAUGUUAUAACUAUGUCAUCAGGAGGAUUCAAUGUACAUGGAAGUGUGCUGUCUUGGAACAGCUUGGCGAAAUAUGCCCACCGUGCAAGCAUCAAUUGGAAUACUGAGAUCUAUCUGCCAGGUAAGGCGAUGUAAUGGAUUCUUUGGAGUCGUGUUGCAGAACAAACUGGAAAACUUUGUAAUAUCACAACAUUUCCUUGAAUGUGUUUCUGUUUGCAGUUUGCCCAUACAAGUGCACAUUGUUGCUGGCCUGGGUUUUGCUUCUCAAGAAGAAGGAAUAACCAAGAACCUGCAUGCCUAUAGUGUUUCCCAAGUUGAUUGUUUUGCGGGAACAACGUUUUCCGGUUUCUUCAUGUUUGGAAAACAUGGCUAUAAGAAACAUUUUUCCUGGUUUGUCCAUUUUCGGGAAACCUAGCUAGGUACCACAACGAUCAUAAUUUUCUCAUUCUGUUAUCAAGGUUUUACAGUGUUGGCAAGGAGAACUAAGUGGUGCAAUGAUCUAUACCCUAGCGCGCCGUGUACAGGCGAACUUCUUGCAAGACUUGGUGGUCACCCUCCACGAAUGAAUAUGAAAUGGCGAUGUUAUUGUCCAUCCUCACUGCUGGGCGAGAAAUUCACUUAUGAUUUUUCUACAGAAAAUCCUUCCUACUAUAAUGACCACAUCUCUCUUAUUGCUCUUAACUAA